AUGAAUGGUCAAAAGCCGAUGGCGAAUGACACCUCCGUUUCACGGCCACCAUCGGCUCCAUUGUCAACAACUUAUUCAACACCGUCAACUCAUCCGCUUGGAUUUUCUUGUGUGAAAUGCAGAUCAAAGCACCGUCGCUGUGACCGCACUAGACCAGUCUGCCAGAACUGUCGGAGCAUCGGCUUUGAAGCCGAAUGCUCAUAUCCUUCUGUGGCCUUACCAGCUACCGAGAACCAAAGUGCCCAGAACAGAAUCACUCAGAAGAUUGGUGCUCCAUUCUUUGGACCAAUGUUCGAUAAUCCCUCUGCUUCACCCGUAACAGGUGAAAAGAGACCAAGGGUUACAGACAGUUCUGAACGGACUGAACUUGUCAAUGACGUGGUUGCAUUACACAUCAAGAAUCACUCUAGCCACGCCCAGCAGAUGCAGACACUCCAAGCACCUCCCGCAAACCGGCACAGGAUAUCCGAACUUGACUCUGGAAGUGCUGCUAGGCAAUCUGCGCCGGGACCGGCUCAAACCUCAUUAUUUGGCACUGGCAUGCCCAAUGGAAGUAGGUCGGGUCCUCCACCACGCAGUAUAUCACCUACCCUACCUCAAGAUGAAAUGGAGCUCCGGUGCAACCUGACUACCGAAAUCAACGUUCAGAGAAUGAAGCAUCGCAACCUUGCAGCAGGGCCUCUACGCAACAUCGUGAAGCUACUGAUGAAAGCCAAGUCUGAACGCCCAACCACUAAACCCACGAUUGCUGGGUCGAGUGGUGUGCCAUUCAAUAACGAGUGGCGUGAAGAAGAUGAUCUCAUGCAAGUUGCAACAGUCAAGCUGGAAAAGGGUGGCCGAUGCUCUCGUGCUCUUCUCAGUCGCUUUGAAAACUUCUUGUAUGGCCCAUUGAUGAGCCCCGAGGAGAAGAAGAUGCAGGAGCGUAUAAUAUGCGUUGAAGAGUGUCUGUCAAGCGCAUCGGCACCACCGACAGCCGAUCACAACGCUCUGUUCCUCCAUCGCCUAAAAAGAAUCAUACUUAACCCAGAUUCCUAUGGCUUGAACCAAGACUCACGCAUCGGAUUCCUCCGCAACCAGAUCCUUGCUGCCAUAGCCACUAACUCGAAGCUGAGUGGUGCAAAUCGAAAGAAAAUUGCGGAGCUUUUGGACCCAGAUGGAGAGAUUGCCAAUACCAGCGCAGACAGUCCUGGUGUCAAAACAGGAACUCCAAUCUCAACAAGGAAGGCGCCACCCAAGCCUCCCUCUCCACGCGUGCCUUCCUCCCACACCCCAGAAACGCCCUCAAGAACAACAACACGUAAAAAGAACUCUGUCGUCUCUCUGUCUCCUUCAUCACCCCAUCCCCCUCUUUCACCCCUCCUCUCUUUUUCAACAACCUAUCCUCCUCCUUUCCCCUCUCGUUCUUCAUCUUUAUCCACACCACCUCUGGAACCCAUUGAUCCGACUGAUGACACCAUGUCGUCGUCCUUUCCUUUCAUGAAGCCUACGCCCAGGAAGCGUGUCGCUUCUGGCAGCCAGUCGUCGCAAUCAAAUGACACUGCAGCGUCUCCUUCCAUGGAGCCACCGUCCAAGAAACGUCCUACUCCUGGUAGCCAGUCCAACGACACCGUUGCCCCAUCUCCAAAGCGUGCUGCUUCUAGCACCCAGUCGUCCAGCUCCGACGACACUACUGCCUCAGCUUCUAAGCGUGCUGCUUCUAGCACCCAGUCGUCCAGCUCCGACGACACUACUGCCUCAGCUUCUAAGCGUGCUGCUUCUGGCACCCUGCCGUCGAACUCCAACAACUUGAUCGCCCCGGCUACUAAGCGUGUCUCUUCUGGCAGCAAUUCGUCAAUCCCCAACAACAUCGUCGCCCCGCCUCAUAGACGUUCUGCUCCUGCCAGCCAACCAUUUAGCUCCGAGAUCCCAAAAAGACUUUGGAAUAUCUUCGUUGCGAAGCACGCUCCUAUGCUUCCCAUCCUCAACCUCGACCAACUUAAAGCCGCUUUCGCCCUGGCUGUGAACAAUGGCAAGGUCGGGCCCACAGUUAUUGAUCCAACUUUCGGACUUUGCAUUGCAAUUGCCUGCCACCUCAUACCUGACAAGGACCUCUGGGAAGGUCGCAAGUGGUACAAUGCAGCUUUAUCUAACAUGGCUGACCCCUUCAAAUCUCCACCGUCGAUUCAAUCUUUCCACCAUCAAAUCCUCCAAAUCCAGUAUCUCCAUAUGGUCGGACACCUGCGGAUGGCCUGGGAUGUCUUAUCUCUGGCUAUCGGUAGAGCGCAAUCUCUUCGGAUGCAAAGUAUGCACGGUGGAUCUCUCGCCGUAGACGAAGAUUCGCUGGAGCAGGUUCGGAUGGUAUGGCAGUGUCUCUGGAUGAAGAAACUGUCUCUCACUCUCCAGUUUGGCGUUGUCGAUCAAUCUCUUGACACCUUUUACGAGUUACCUAUGCCGAUGCAGUCACAUAUUCAUGGGAACAUGGGAGUAUCUGGCACGGAAACCAAUGAACAUUGUCACGCGAUAUCUUCUUUUUUCGUGGCUUGUGCUUCACUUCUUAAGUACACCGACGAUUUAAUCACCGUUGAAAAUGAUCUACGUGUGACGCGCAUGGAAUGCCCAGUCAAAUGGCUUUCUAUCGUUGACCUCCGUGGCUUCCAGGAACUGAAUGAAAAGCUCUCGAGCUGGAAUAAUGGACUGCCCAAAUGUUUGGAAUGGAAAGACGCCGGGAUCGACUUUACCAUGAAGAAGGACCCUCUCAUUCGUCAAAUGUGCGUCCUGGCUCAUUUGCGAUAUGUCUAUUUUCGGCUUCGUCAACACCGGCCUUUCUUUAUUUUGACGCUGCGACUUUCCCAGACAUGCGCUUGUGAGAUGAGUCCUCAUAUCACUGGCAAGGAUAUUGAUUCAAUGGGUGCGUCUCCCUUCCUCGGCAUGGUGUAUUACAGUGCUGUCAAAUGCUUGACCGCUGCCCAAGACAUAGUCAAGACCCUCGCCGCAUCUAAUGCCAAGGCCGCUGGUGAGCAUGCUAAAGGUGACCAUCUCGAGUAUCUUUACGCUGCUGCAUUGAUUUUAAUUGCUGCACGGAUGGUACCGUUCGUCAUGAACGGUACUCAGCGAGGGCUUUCUGCUGCUGCCAACGUGGCUAAGUCCGUCAAGACCAUGACCGAGGAGCUCAAGCAGAUUGACAUCCUGUUGCGUCAGUACCAAGAAUCUUGCGAACAGGCGCCCAAGCUCCAAAGGCGCAUUGAACGUUCCCGCAGCGUGCUUGGCCAGAUAAAGCUACAGUCCGAGUCCGUGUCCUCGAGCGGAAUAGCAACGGACAACGAACUCAGGUUCGAACCAGUUGUUUGGCGACGCAUCUAUGACCGGCUCGGACUGGACGUCCCGUUCGGGAGGUUCCCCCAACAGGGUCCUCCCGGUAGCUCUGUAGUUACGGGCCGCAGAAAUACCCUUGGCUGGCUAGAAAGCCUGCCGGUAGACAUGGACCCCGAACUUUAG